CGAGUCAACUUCCGGCUGGUGUUGGGCCUGUAGAGCUGGCGGGGCUGCGGGCAGUGCCGUGGAGAUGGCUUGCGCAGCCGCGCGCUCCCCGGCCGAUCAGGACAGGUUUAUUUGUAUCUAUCCCGCUUAUUUAAAUAAUAAGAAGACCAUAGCCGAGGGGAGGCGGAUUCCUAUAAGUAAGGCUGUAGAAAACCCUACUGCUACUGAGAUUCAGGAUGUCUGCUCAGCAGUUGGACUUAAUGCAUUUCUGGAGAAAAACAAAAUGUACUCCAGAGAAUGGAACCGUGAUGUUCAGUACAGAGGCAGAGUCCGGGUACAGCUCAGACAGGAAGAUGGCAGCCUCUGUCUUGUACAGUUCCCAUCACGUAAGUCAGUGAUGCUGUAUGUAGCAGAAAUGAUACCCAAGCUAAAAACAAGGACACAAAAAACGGGAGGUGCUGACCCGAGUCUUCAGCAAGGGGACGGGAGUAAAAAAGGGAAGGGAAAGAAGAAGAAAUGACGUGGUGUGAACACGAAGCACACAGUCCUGCGAGAGAGACGGGAACAGCUUUUUGUUUGUGUCAUUUAACUCAACUGUGAACAAGUGUGUCUCCCAUCUUCACCAACAAGAGUUAACAAUGAGAUAAGUUUACAUCAGACGUUUGCAGCUAGCUUUUAUACUGUAAAAAGGAAAGAUUGUGUGGAAGAAAGAAGAAUAUUUUUAACAGAUAACAACUGUCCCAUAAGUUACUUGAAAUCCUGUUUCUGUUUGUCCUCUAUGUAAACAUAUAUUUCAGGUAAAUAAGUUUAAUAAAAUUUAAAAUACACAUUUUGUUCACCUUUUAAGUUAAUGAAAUAAAAAAUUUAAGCUGA